GCCUGUCCAAACAGGCCUCUCCCACAUUCCCUGGCUGUUGUCCAGUCGGCAGGAGCGGAGACACCCUUGUUGUGUUCAGUGACUGUGAGGGCUGAGCAGAGGCUGCUGAAGGGAGGCCACUCUGUGAAGUGCGGGAGAUCCUCUGGCUUCCAGAUGUUAGGUCUUCUGGGGAGCACAACCCUUGUGUGCUGGAUCACAGGCACGGCGCUGGCUUUUUUGAUGCUGCUAUGGCUGCUGGCCCUCUGUCUUUUCCACAGAUCACAGGAGCAUGACGUGGAGAGCAACCGAGUCCGUCGAGCCCGGCCUCGACUCUUCCAUGGCCGGCCCCUGGGUCUCCCGAGAAUCGUUCACCAUCACCAUCACCGUGGCCAUGUGACUGGGAUGACCAGUGUGGGCGUUCACCACCAGCACCACCAUUCUCCCCAUCGUCUCCACCAGCAUCGCCACCACCGCCACCACCAUACUCAUAGAAUCCACCACUAAGCAUCUACCUGGCUCUGCAUCCAGCAAAAUGAGUGGACCCUGAUGUUUCCAAUGGAAAAAAAUGUGUCUCUGGGGUCACUGGGGGUAUUGGGACCCUGGUCCUGCUUGGGUUCAUUUGCAUAUGAGCCCUUCUCCCUAUGUGCAGUAGAGAACCACCUGGGUGGCCUUCUACACGAUGCAGGGCUGGAGCUUGGAGCAGGGCUGGCUGAACGUCCCACCUUGUGACUGCAAUUCCUGGUGACCCUGGAAGUAACAAGGUGUCUGGUAGAACCAGAGCCCAGGUGAAGAUGGCGUGUUCUUCUGAUUGGGGGGACCCUGUGAUAGGAUUCCGGGGGCCCGACUGUGGUGUGGGCAUUCCACUGCUGCUUGGCUGUAAGAAAUAAAAGCCACCAGAAAGCUUU